GCGGAGGCCAGGCUUGCAGCGAAGCGUGCAGCCCGCGCCGAGGCUCGAGAGAUCCGCAUGAAGGAGCUGGAGCGGCAGCAGAAGGAGCCCUCAGAGUACAGCAGCCACCUCAACUCCAGCUCACGGGCCUCCUCCAGGGCCAGCUCGGCGCGGGCCAGCCCUGUGGUAGAAGAAAGACCAGACAAAGACUUCACUGAGAAGGGGUCCCGUAACAUGCCCAGCUUGUCUGCUGCCACGCUGGCUUCUCUGGGUGGGACUUCCUCCCGGAGAGGAAGUGGAGAUACCUCCAUCUCCAUGGACACCGAGGCAUCCAUCAGGGAAAUUAAGGAACUUAAUGAGUUAAAGGACCAGAUUCAGGAUGUAGAAGGCAGAUACAUGCAGGGACUGAAAGAGAUGAAGGACUCGCUGGCCGAAGUUGAGGAGAAGUACAAGAAGGCCAUGGUCUCCAAUGCCCAGCUAGACAACGAGAAGACCAACUUCAUGUACCAGGUAGACACACUGAAGGACAUGCUGCUGGAGCUGGAAGAGCAGCUGGCCGAGUCCCAGAGACAGUAUGAGGAGAAGAACAAGGAGUUCGAGAGGGAGAAGCAUGCCCACAGCAUCCUGCAGUUCCAGUUUGCCGAAGUAAAAGAAGCCCUGAGGCAAAGGGAAGAGAUGCUUGAGGCACUAGAAAGACAGAAAGAGUUCUUUGAUUCCAUACGGAGCGAACGAGAUGACCUUAGAGAAGAAACAGUCAAGCUGAAAGAGGAGUUAAAGAAACAUGGAAUAAUCCUAAAUUCAGAAAUAGCCACCAACGGAGAAACUUCAGACACACUGAAUGGAGUUGGAUAUCAAGGCCCUACAAAGAUGACAAAAGAAGAGCUGAAUGCCCUCAAGUCAGCAGGGGAGGGGACACUAGGAAAAGCCAAAGAAGUGGAGUUGAAAAAGGAAAUUGUGCAGAGUAUGGGGAAAGGAGGAGGAACCUUACAGAAUACUGAGCAACAACAGCCCAGACCCAACCCAAUAAAGGAUUGUGUGGACCAAGGGGUGUCACAUCCCGGUGAGAAUGCCCAGGACCAGAAACCCACUGAAGACAGUGCUCUGUCCCCAGGACCACUAGCAGGGGCCAAAUGUGAGCAACAGGUUCGGAGCCAAGCUCAAGAGAACACUUCUUUCCUCAAAGACCCAGAGCAGAUUGAGUCACGGGAGGUCACAGACCAGCCAGAUGGUAGGACCAGAAACUCGUUGGAACAGUCCAACUGCCUGGGAGGUCUAGACAGUGAAGAGUCAGGACCCGCUGCCUUGGGUAUCAAAAAUCAAAGUGAAAACUCUAUAGGUUUGGGGCAAACAUCUGAAGGUGACGAGGUGAGCUGUACAGACUCAAGGGACGCAGGUGGAAACCACACAGAGAAUGUAGUACAGGCUGCCACUGGGGAACAAGUGGGUACAGUAGCCUCAGGUCCUUUGGAGCACCACAAAGACACAGUGAGUCAUGAUAGAAGAAGUGUGAAUGAAGGGGCAGAGCAGAGCUUGGAGAGAGAACUCAGCCAAGAAGUAGCUGAGCCGGAGGAGGCCCUCAUUCAGAGCCCACCAACAAGUAAGGAAAACACUGUUAGAAAGACCGGAGACAAGAAGCCCAUCCAGGCAGAAGUCCAGGCCACCACUGGGGCUCCCAUAGUGCAGAGUGGCCAUCAGGACACAAGCGUCACAGGUGCCACACAUGCACCACUUGAUGAGAAAGAACCCGGCAAAGAAAAGAGCGAGCAGCAGGCAGAGGCCUUGGACUCACCACAGAAGAAGUCUAAGAACAGGAAGAAAAAGAACAAGAAGAAGAAACCUCCAGCCUCAGUGGAAACCUGCAAAGAUGCCAGCAAAGAGUUAAACUGUCAGAACACGGACGCGCAUGACCUGGAGGAAGAAGAGUCCAUCCAGUUCCCUGACAAAAAACAGACAGCAGAAACCCAGAGCAAAGAGACCAAAAACCCAGAACAAAAAAUCACAGCAGGAAGCAGUGAACAUGUCGAGUGCCUGGAAGAUGCUGAAAAUGAGUCUAAUGGAAAACAGAACCAAGGGGAGGAAGAUGGUGUAAACACCCGGGCAGGGGAUGGAGACACGUUAAUGUGUGAGGCGGAUGCAGCGCAGUCGGUCAGCACCAGUGCUGAGGGUGAGGAAACUGAAGAGCGUGAUGCAGAUGACCCUGCCGGUGGUCCCAGGGAUGUCUUGGAUCAGAAUAGUCCCCAAUGCAAAGAAGAGGAAAUCUCCCCGAUGAAAAAGAAAGGUCCCCCAAAGAGAGGAAGUGAGGAGGGACAUGUGCUGUCCCAACAUCCAGGCCAGAUGGAGGAGAAGGCCAUAGAUGGUUGCAGCAUAGACAACAGUGACCUGUCAGGGGAGCUGGGGGGCUGCAAUUCAGAAAGUGGAGUGCAGGCCAGAGGGGAGGUUGAGAAUAGCAAGAGUAAGGAGGAUUGCACCAUGUCAUGAGGAGGCAGAGGCAGCAGGCAGAUGGGGCGACCGAGUUUCAGAGAGGGCCAAGGACUCAACACACUAAGCCCAACCUUAAGAAUUCUACCCUUCAACUCUACUGCCCAGGUUCACGAAAUGUUCCAGUUUCUGUGAACGUACCACGUGUCAAUCAAGUAUCAACGACUUUAAGUUAUAGACUGUUACUUGUAGAUUUGUAUUCAACCAUUGGUCAUGUAGACACCAUUGUUUUCAGUUUCAGUUCUAGCUGAGAGCAUUCCAUUAGCAUCAGGUGACACCAUGUCCCUGUCAUGUCUGCAUUCCAGUCUUAAGGGCAAAACGUAACCAUUUGCUUCAGGCCGGGAUGAAUGUUGACUGUACUUGACCAAAUGUAUCAGCAUCUAGUUGAAGUGACCAAACAGCAUGCUUAGAUUUCUGUGUCUUGAGCAGUGAAUAGUCAAACUACCAUGUCUCAUUAAAGUAGAUGUAUCUUCAUGUUUGAUCUUAAUGUGUACGUCAUAACCUGUGUGGUAUUGUAUUUAAAGGAGUUAGAUGGAUAAGUAGCAGGUAGGUCACUGGGUGAGAGGAGCAGCACCUCAGGGUAGAGAUUAAUUACUGUAGGGAUUCAAACAGUUAUCAAAUAACACAGGGAGACUACGUGCCUUUCUUUACCUCGCCUAAGUGCUGAAUUUUGCACCAAUGCUCUUGGAUCUUAUUGCCAAUGGUACCCAAAUUAAUUUUAUCCAAGAUCUUUAUUUCACUUCACAUGGGUAAUAUGAUAAAUUCAUUUUAUACAAAUAUUUUAUUUUUAUCCUUUUCUGUUAAUGACAAGUUGAAAUUAUAUUUCCUACUUUAGUGUUUAGGAGAAAGUCAUUAAUUUUUUUAACUUUAAAGUUAUCUUCCUGUCUGAAUGUCUACUUAUUAUUAAAAAAAAAAAACAGUACAACACAUUGUUUGUUCUUAUGCAAAGGACUCAUUAGACUUGAAUCCAACAUUUUGUGUUUGGUAUAAAUAUUUUUAUUUGUUGUUUCUCAGUAUUUUCUUUUUGGAAAGUUAUUUUACCUGCCUGAAGGAAAUAAUGUAUUUUCUAUAUAAAGAAGCAGUUAGAAAAAAUUAUCAUAAAGUUGCAUUGAAAAGUAAUUGCAAGGCCAUGUACUGUAUGACUACUGUUGACAUGUUAUGGGAUCAUGUGAAUUCAUACUACUGCUACAAGGUAGAGUGGAACGCAAAAAGACCAAACCCUCAGUAAAAUUUGAGGCAAACUGAAAUGUCAUAUAAUUGAAAUAAAAACAUUUUAUAAUUUUACAA